GAUGAGCAAAGCAGUUUUCAAGAACAGCAAGUUAGCGGCAACUAAACAAGCUCCCACGAUCUCCACUUCUCUCGGCGUUUCAGUUCCCAGCUCUCCGUAGCGCAAUGGCUGCAGCGGCCGCCCCCUUCGCUACUGUCAGCCGCCUGUCCCCGGCCGCGCGCCUCCCGAUCCGCGCCUGGAGGGCGGCGAGGCCGACGCCCGGGUUCGCGUCGUCCGGGAGAGCCCGCUCGCUCGCCGCUUCCGCGGGGCUGGAGAACAGGGACAACACCGCCGUCGACGUCCAUGUCAACCAGACCGGCGGCAACCGUCAGCAGGGCCAGGGAAAUGCCGUCCAGCGCCGCACGCGUCGUGCUGCCCCACUCGACAUUUCCUCGUUCGGGCUGGUUGAUCCGAUGUCACCGAUGCGGACGAUGCGGCAGAUGCUGGACACGGUGGACCGGUUGUUCGACGACGCCGCGGGGUUUCCAACGGCGCGCAGGUCGGCGUCGGCGACUAGCGAGGUGCGGCUACCGUGGGACAUCAUGGAGGACGAGAAGGAGGUGAAGAUGCGGUUCGACAUGCCGGGGCUGGCACGGGACGAGGUGAAGGUGAUGGUGGAGGAAGACACGCUGGUCAUCCGCGGGGAGCACAAGAAGGAGGGCGAGGGCGCGGACGGCAGCGGCGACGGGUGGUGGAAGGAGCGCAGCGUAAGUGCCUACGACAUGCGGGUGGCGCUGCCGGAGGAGUGCGACAAGAGCAAGGUGCGCGCCGAGCUCAAGAACGGCGUGCUCCUCGUCACCGUGCCCAAGACCGAGGUGGAGCGCAAGGUCAUCGACGUGCAGGUCCAGUAGACGAAUCACUACUCGGAGCUCCGGUUUUCCAGGAUUUCAGACGUGCUGUUGGGUCUGUACUUGCUGGUUGUAUUAGCUCAAUGCAUGCGAGGGCUUUGUGUAGUGUGCCUUAUAGCUUCUCCUCUGCGCGCGCGCGCGAGCAGAAUAUGUAUGUAAAUACAUCUUGAAAGGGGGUGGAAUAAUGUGAAUUAUCAAACCUUUGCAUGUUUGAUUGAUGCCUGGUGUUUCAUUUCAAGAAUAAACAGGGCAAUAGAGAAGAACUUCCUACUAAGUUUGUA